AUGGCCACCGCCGAGGUCCAGACCCCGACCGUCGUGGCGACCGAGGAGGCGCCCGUGGUGGAGACGCCGGCGCCGGCCGUGGUGCCCGAGGAGGCUGCCCCCGCCACCGCCGAGGCUGAGCCGGCGCCGGCCGUGGUGCCCGAGGAGGCUGCCCCCGCCCCCGCCGAGGCUGAGCCGGCGGCCGUGCCCGAGGAGGCUGCCGCCCCCGCCGAGGCUGAGGUGGAGGAACCAGCUGCCCCGGCGGAGCCCGAGCCUGCCGCCGCGGAGCCGGAGGCGGCCGCGGAGGAAGAGGCGCCAAAGGAGGCGGAGCCGGCGGCGGCUGAGGAGGUGAAGGAGGAGGAGGAGGUGGCGGCGCCCGCUGCCGAGACAGAGCCGGUGGCCGCCGAGCCCGACGCGGCUGCUCCUGCUCCUGCUCCUGCUCCUGCUGCCGCCGAGGAGCCCGCCGCGGCCGAGCCGGCCGCCGAGGAGCCCGAGAAGGCCAGCGAGUGA